CUCAGAAAUCCUUCCGCGAUCUUCACAUGCUUCACAAUUCCAUUCCUCGUUUACGAUCGUACUAGACGACAACGCCAACUUGAUGCAUCGAUACACCACGGAACGAGUGCUCGCAGAUGCCCUGUAUGGCCAAGUGCUGCUCUGCCAUGACAACAUCACGGGAGAGCAAGUUGCGAUCAAGCGCAUGAACGUAGCGGCGGCCACGGCCAAGACAAUGAUCCACACGGCUUCCAUCCAAGUAUCGGAAGACAUUGCGUUCGAGAAACGUGUGCAUCGAGCGUUGAGCGUCGGUGGUGGUCACUGCAACGUGCUGCGCUUGCGCUCGGACUUCGUCGAGGACGGCUUCGACCACUUCGUGCUCGACUAUUGCGUAGGCGGCGAGCUGUUUGACCUGAUGGACUCCAUGCCUGACCAACGACUGGACAUGGACAUGGCGCGGCGAUACUUUCGCCAAAUUCUCCACGGCGUUCAGUUCAUGCAUGCCCGCGGGUUUGCCCAUCGCGAUUUGUCGUUGGAAAACGUCCUCGUGGACGGGAAAGACAACUGCUACAUAUGCGACUUUGGUCUAGCCACGUUUGCGGACGCCCCGUCACAAGAUACCGUGGGCAAGGCGUUCUACAUGGCGCCCGAGGUGGCCGUGGUCACCCGCGGUGCCAGCUACGACCCCGUCAAGGCCGACAUCUGGUCUCUCGGCAUUAUGCUGUUCAUGAUGCUCACGGGCUCGCCGUUGGUUGAGAUGGCCUCCGUCAAAGACAGCCGGUACCGAUACCUUCAAACCCAAGGGCUGCCUCGCCUGGUCGACGCCUGGCGGGUGGGACAUGCUGUCCACGGAGACGCGCUGGACCUGCUGCAGCGGAUGCUGUGCAGAAACCCUGCCAGUCGGCUGUCACUCCAGGCGGUUCUGGACCAUCCAUUCGUGUCACAGCUGACGGUGCCGUCUUCAUCAUUGACGAAGUGCCUCGGUGGCUUCUUUAAGAAACGGGCGCGUCGAACUGUCCUCGACGUGUAUUCUGCUUCGAUGAUGUAGGCAGGAAGGUAUACAUAUAGAUGGGUAUGUGUCGUAGUGAGUGCUGUUUAUUUAAUACUAGUAAUCUAUCAAGUUUCAACUCAAA